AUGCGUUUGAUAAAUAAAGAUAUUAACGGUCCAGUCUUAGGUAUCAAAGACCGUUUAAAUUUCGAUUUAUUUCCGGUUGACAAUCCUAUUGAUAAACUUCUUGAUAAUAAAGAAAAUUCUGAUUGA